CCCACGCCUAAUCUAAAAAUUCCUAUAUCCCAUAUAUAUAUGUGUGUAUGUUACAUAAUAUCCAUCAGAGAAAUCAACAUAAACCAAAAAGUGAUGGAUAACAAAACAUCUUUGUGGAAGAUAAGGAAGAUCUUAACAGAGAAAAGUGAUGGUUGGUUGGACUUUGAUAAUAACAACGAUAUCGAGAAUCAUAUUUUGAGAAGUUUGGGCGAAUCCAUAAUUAGUAGAGUGAAAAAAGACUCUAUAAAGAUAAAGAUCGACGAUUAUGAUACAGGGAGCCAGCACGAGGUAACCUUCGGGUAUAAUCAUGAAUCUGAUACAUAUUACAUUGGAUCAUUAUGGAGAUUGAAGGAGCUUGCUGCUGGAGAUGAAAUAGGAUUGUUUUACGAUCCUAUUUCAAAGAAUUUGUGUUUCUCUGUGUUGAAACAAGCAAAAUCCUGCUUGAUCAAAAAAUGAAAUAAGCAAAACCCUGAUGAUCACAACUUGUUUAAUUAUGGUUAAUUAUACAGCAUAGUAAUUAAUAAGAUCUUGUUUGAAAGGACAUAUAUAAGAAUAUGUAUCGACGAUAAUCAUUUCUAUAUAUUAAUAAAUAUACAAGUUUUGA